AUGGCCGUGCUUGAUUCGGAUGCCACUACGUUGAGCUUCAAGACCUACAAGAAAAUGACCUACAAGGAGUUCUUGGUGGCAUUGAGCUAUCAUUGGCCUGCUGCUGUGCAGUUGGGAACAGUCAUCGACUUCGUACAUUUGCCCUGGAAGAAGCUGGCGGUCGUGAACUUCACGUCGCCCACGGCAUGCCAGAGUUGCUUUCAGAUCCUGGCAGAAGCAAAGGGGAGGUCGAACAUGCUCAUCUCGGACUUCAAGCAAGCAGAGCAUCAGGGCUUGUCGCAGAACUUGGCCCUCUUUCUCACCAAGGCCAUGAUGUUGAACUCCUUUGACUCGCAAAGCAAGCCCCACGUGUUCUCGAAUGGAACCGAGAUACCCUUAUCCAUGGCCUGUGCCAAGUUCUUACCCCCGGAGAUGGCAUCGGUGAAGAUCUCCGCGACUGUGUGCAUGUUGGAAUCUCUGCAGCAAGAUCACAGGCAAGACACUCUCUACAAGCAGCUAGGCAGGUCCGGUUUCAUUGUAAAGUAG